CGCCAAGAUGGCUGCGAUGAGUCAGCUGUUUGUGGCUAGGGGGCCCCGAGAGGAGGAUUUUGGGGGAUGUUCCUCGCAGCUGCCAAAACCAUUUGUUUUGGGAAUCGUCCCUGUUUCUUCACUGCUCGGCACUGGCUGCCAACGCACACUUUUCCUUGGUGGAACGGAAACAUGCAUCUGGACGAGCUGACAAGCUCCAAGACGGGGAUCCAAUGAUAGCUGGACAAGUCAGUAAGCCCUUGCUGUCAGUGCGGAGUGAGAUGAAUGCGGAGUUGGGAGGUGAGGACAAGGCUGCUACUUCAGACAGCGAGCUGAAUGAGCCCCUGCUUGCGCCCGUGGGAUCAAAUGACAGCGAGGACACUCCCAGCAAGCUCUUCGGGGCCAGAGGAAACCCGGCGCUGUCAGACCCAGGCACCCCUGAACAACAGCAGGCCAGUCAGACCCACCUCCCGUUCCCAGUUGGGCCACAGCCACUUCUGACGGCCCAGCAGUUAGCCUCUGCUGUCACCGGUGUGAGGCCGGGAGGCACGCCGGCUCUCAGCCAGCCUGUCCUCAUCCCCUUCAGCAUGGCCGGACAGCUAGGAGGGCAGCAAGGGCUGGUCCUCACACUGCCCACUGCGAAUCUCACCAACAUCCAAGGGCUGGUAGCAGCAGCUGCAGCUGGAGGCAUUAUGACUCUGCCACUGCAAACUCUACAAGCUACCUCAUCCCUCAACUCCCAACUGCAGCAGCUCCAGCAGCUGCAGCAGCUCCAGCAGCCGCCGCCGCCCGCCCCGCCGGGCAGCCAGCACCCGCAGGUGCCACCGCAGUCCCAGCCGCCGCUGCCGCCGCCCGCCUCCCAGCCGCCGCCGGCUCCUCCCGCCCACCCUCACCCCCAGAACCGGAACCAACCGUCUCCAACUCAGCAGAGCUCCAGCUCCCCUCAGAAAGCCAGCCAGUCUCCGGGACACGGCCUCCCGUCGCCGCUCACGCCACCCAAUCCUCUGCAGAUUAUUGGGACCAUUCCUCUGAUGCCGAACCCGGGGCCAUCAAGCCAAGCAGCGAGCGGCGCUCAGGGCCUUCAGGUGCAGCCGAUCACCCCCCAGCUCCUGACCAACGCCCAGGGCCAGAUCAUCGCCACGGUCAUCGGGAACCAGAUCCUGCCAGUGAUCAACACCCAGGGCAUCACGCUCUCCCCCAUCAAGCCCGGUCAGCAGCUCCACCAGCCCUCCCAGACGUCGGUGGGUCAAGCGGCCUCCCAAAGCAGCCUUCUGCACCUGGCUCACAGCCAAGCAGCCAUGUCUCAGAGCCCCGCCCGGCAGCCUUCCUCUGCUUCCUCCUCAUCUUCCUCCUCCUCGGCUUUGAGCGUGGGCCAGUUAGUCAGCAAUCCUCAGACGGCAGCGGGUGAGGUGGAUGGGGUUAAUCUGGAGGAGAUCCGAGAAUUUGCCAAAGCUUUUAAAAUCCGGCGCCUGUCCCUUGGCCUGACCCAGACUCAGGUGGGCCAGGCUCUCAGUGCCACAGAGGGCCCCGCGUACAGCCAGUCGGCCAUCUGCAGACACACCAUCCUGAGAAGCCACUUUUUCCUACCACAGGAAGCCCAAGAGAACACUAUAGCUAGCAGUCUGACAGCCAAACUGAACCCUGGCCUUUUGUAUCCUGCCAGGUUUGAAAAGCUGGACAUCACCCCUAAAAGUGCCCAGAAGAUCAAGCCGGUGCUUGAGCGGUGGAUGGCUGAGGCUGAGGCCCGCCAUCGGGCAGGUAUGCAGAACCUGACCGAGUUUAUCGGGAGUGAACCGUCCAAAAAGCGCAAGAGGCGCACCUCCUUCACGCCCCAGGCCCUUGAGAUCCUCAAUGCCCACUUUGAGAAGAACACGCACCCCUCUGGGCAGGAAAUGACCGAAAUUGCCGAGAAGCUGAACUAUGACCGGGAAGUAGUUAGAGUUUGGUUCUGCAAUAAGAGGCAAGCCCUGAAGAACACAAUUAAACGCUUAAAACAGCACGAGCCGGCCACGGCAGUCCCUCUGGAACCCUUAACAGACUCACUGGAAGAAAAUUCCUAAAGAGACGCCCACCCGGAAUCAGAAAAAAAAAAUCCACAGAAACUAAACUCCACCCUUGGGGCUUCAUCCCCUAAACCCCCAAAAAAGAAAAAAAUAAAUUAAAAACAAAUUUUAAGGUAGCCCCAGUCAUCACCCUUGUAAGUAAAAGACUAAGGAAACCACCAAGUGGACAGGAUGGUUUAUACGUGUCCAUGGGAUUUUCCAAAAAAGAAAAAAAAAGGUUUUUUGAAAAUUUUUAAACAAGGACUACACCACAGUGCAGGUGUAUGCAGGAAGGCUUGUUCCUCCCCGACCUGUCUCCCCAAAGCCAGUUUUAUAAGGGACUUAAAGCAAACCAAAUAACCACAUACUUUUUUCUGUGUAUCAUGAAAAUGUGAACACAUUUUAAGAAAAACGACUAAACCAAAAAAAACACAAAAAACAAAAUACCAACAACACACAAAGGAAACUUUUCUCUGUUCAAAGCGAAUACAAGCCUACCACCUGGAGGAGGGGCUGCGGACGGCAUCCUUCAGGUUCUAAGUGCUGAUUCACUAUGAACCUAUUAACCAAAGUCAGAAACACGACAUUGCCAACGCGACCAUUAGUCUGCUCCUCUCUGUGUGUGAAGUUGUGUUCCAAGUUUUUACAUUUGUACUUUGCGGGGAAAUAGCAAGCCUGACUUCUCUCAUCUUUCCCAUCUACUGUCACCCCCUGUGGGGUGGGGGGUGCCACUGCUGAAGCCAUUUUGUGAGGCUCACUAUUGGUUUUUAUUUGGGGGGAGGGGGUUCUUUUUUUUUUCUCUUUGUUUUCAGCGGGGGGCAUCCUGGAUCGUGUGCCAAAGCAGCCGUUGCUUUCUUCUCACUAUGACCUGUGGGUUUGAGAAAAGAAAAUGGAGCUCGCAUUUCUCAUUUUCCUCCAUCUCUCCAUCCCCGCGGCGUGUGGCUCCCAGUGUCUGCUGGAAGGCCACAGAGUGGGCAUGGUGUCUUUUCCACUCAGACCCCAGUGAAACGCAGGAGAGACUCCAAAAUAACUAGGGCUUUGCUCGAUGAACUGUCAACACUGGCAUAAGCUGUAAUUGUGCCCACUAUCCACACCAGAGCUUGGGAUUUUUCUCAGUCUGUUGGCCACGUACAUGGAGAGCUGACCAAAACUAAUUUUGUAAUAUAAACAUAAGCUGCACAUUUGGUUCAAUACUUACAUCUAUGUUAUGCUUCUGUGCAAAGCAAUUUCUCUCAGAAGUCUGAUAGCCAAAGAAAUGUCUCGAGAUUUCAGUCAAAAUACACACAUAGCAUGCACACACCCAUAUACACACAGGCCAAAAAGAGAGAGAGAGAGAGAGAGAGAGAGAGUGACUGGACUGUUAAAGGCCAUCAUGCAUCCUGUAAAUUCCAUCUUUUCUGCUACCACUUUCAUUCAAAUAGUGAUGGCAGACUUUUUUCGGGGCGGGGGGAGGGCGAUUCUUUUGGGGAUGUAUAAACGGAGCAGAAGGUUGGCAGAUGAAUUAAACGAUGGGAAUUGCAGCUGGACUCUUGAGGGGAAAGGAAGUGUUAACAAGGAAGUGCCUCCACUAAAGGGAAACAUACAGAAGUGGCUGAUCGAGCGCAUCAGAGUAGCCUUCCCUCUUAGAACUAAGGGAUUAUUUCACUUUUCAAAAUAACUUACUCCAAAGAUCUGUGGGCCAAAAUAACCUAAUAAGCCAGAGGCAAAAAGUAAGAUGUGAGGAUUUCUGUGCAGGUAAACACUUGGGACCUGUGGUUGAUGUUUUCCGCAGGGAGAGGCAAAAAGUGUUCCAUUAUAGGAUCGGUCAAAAGAGAGUGUCAGUUUCCUUGCUGUCGAGAUGGAAAUAUUCCCGAAUAAUUAAUUCAUAAUUAAUGCUAUCUAGAAGUAAAUUGUGGGAGAGAAAAAAACUCAAGUUGCCCAACUGAUUAGAAGUACCAUCUUCUUCCCCUAACACACACCCUCCCCCGUACGGGUUUGGGUUUCUUCUUCUGUUGGCCCCUGUGCCAGUGGUGUCAGUGCAAUGGUAUAACUGUCCGCACCCUACGCCCCCUUCCCAGAUGAUGCAUGCAGGAACCAGGGGACCAGCAGCAAGGAAACGCUACAUGAAAUCCUGGAGGUGGAACCAGUUGCUUGUACAGGUGUUUCCUUCUCCAGUCUGAUGCUAAUUGCACCACAGCUAACUUCAUCUUCAGUGCCAACGAUAUCAUGGUACCCAUUUGGCCACCUCAAAAACUGCACAGAUACCAACGACCCAGAAAUCCAAAAACGUAUCAAUUAAACAGAUUUUGUAUUCUCCUAGGACCCGCUCCAAGUUCCAUCAAGAAAAUCUCCCCCAAGAAGAGAAGUUAACAAGAUAACAUAUGAUGGAUGCUAAAUGUUGAAACAUAUGCCAGCAGCACUUACAUAGGGCCUGCUCAGUUCGGAAAUCUAUAAUUGGGAGGGUAUAACUAGGACAGUGAAAAUAUAAAAUAAAACUAAUCUUCCAGAGUGGAAUAAAAAAGAAAUAUAUUCAUCCCACAGUCGUAUACCCAUUCAUGUGCAGUGAUUUUUUUUAUAGUUUUAUAAUUUUGUAUUGUUUUAUAAAUUAUUUAUAAGGUGUUGUAAUGCUUCUUAUAUUAAUUUUUUACAGAUAAAUUUUUUGCUACAAGGCAUAAAAAGGUGCCUGAACAGAUUCUUAGGAAUAUAAAUUAUACUGUGUAACUUGUAAGUCUUGGGGACCACACUUACUGCUUAAUUUUCUUACGACAUUUCUUAUUUCCACUUGUAAACAACUUCACAUGCCAGUGGCAUUUAAGUGUCUUUUAGGUUUCCAUGAACUGAAGGUUAAGGUUGCCACUAACAAAAAAUAAAAGCCGCUUCAGGCACACGUGAUUGUAUUUCAAGCUUCAGUAUUUUUCUUACAUAUUUUUAAAUUACUGUUGUCUUCAUUUUCUUCAUCAUUUAAUGAAAAAGAAAAAAAACGACUGAUGUUAUACUUGACACUUGUUUGUGGGGCUAUUUUUUCUUUUUCAGUCAAAAAAACAUUGUGAACAGUUGAGAGUUUCAAUUGCAUUGCAAGGUUUUUGGUUUCUUUUUGUUGUAAUCACACAAUACACACACACAUACACACACGCACACACACACACUCCACAAAAGAGAGAACAAAAAAGCAAAAGGAGCUAGGAAAAAAAAA